AUGACCAAGCACAGCCGGGACCGCAAUGUCAAGCGAGGUAUUAUUCCUCGCCCCAGCGCCAACGAAGAUCCCAACGCGCUUAAGAGUGCCGGUGUCCAGCAGGCUCAAGCCGAACUGCAAGGCUACCUGACAAAAGAUGCAGUACGCAUAGCCCGGGCCAUCACAAUCAAACGCGGAUACGACUGGACAAGCGAUCAAAGCGGCAGAGCUCUGGAACGGGCAGCUUACAGUGACUCGAAACGUCUGGCCGCGGUGUUGCACCGUCGCGGCGUCGUGGCAUCCCAGCCGUGUCAAGAUUGCCUCUCGAGAAAUGAUAGGCCCUGGCAAUCCUGUGUUGUGUCGCCGACAGUAGGCGGGAGGGUGUUUCAGGGCGGGUCGUGCAGUAAUUGUCUUUUUAGGCAUCGGGGAUAUGCUUGCAGUCAUCGAAUCGAUAAGGGGAGUAACGAGGCUUCCGCGGCUUGUCUCUCCAUGCAAGACACCACUAUCCAACCCACCCCUCGUUGGCAAGAUGUGUCGAAUACGGUUGCCCCUAAUGAGGUUACGUCUCCUUUAAUACUCCGUCGCAACCCCGAUUCCACGCCACUGCAGUGGCGCACACCAAGUUGGAAGGGUGCAGGGACGGUGACGGCUGCACAGCCAACUUUGAACCCCUCCGAAUCACCGCCCUUUUUAACUGCAUCGACUGCCACCCAUACGCUCACGACUCACUCAGCCCCUGGCUCCCACCUCGCCUCGAUGAAGUGCAAUAUCCCUCCGCCUAAUGUCCCUCCUCGUCAUCUCUCUCCCGUUUCGAAGACGUCUCAAACCUUAACACCCAAACCUGUUUUUGCGACGCCGAUGACAUAUUCUCCGCCACCCUCUAACAGCCACGCUGAAACCCUUCCCCACCCAUCCUCAAUUACCGCAUCCCCCCAGACCUUCCCGGCAAACUUGACUAUGCACCCCGCCACAUAUACUGGGCAGCUGCUCCACCUCCCUCUAACCGGCACCGCGAUGAACGACCCUAGACAGCUUUUCCGCGCACGAUCUGACCUAGCGCGGCUUAUCGCAACCGUGGAUGGCCGCCUUCGCGAGCUGGGCUAUUGUAACGAGGAUUGGCGGCGCUCGAUAUACUCUGUUGGAGAAGAUCCGGCGGAGGAAAGGGCCUGA